CUGCACACAAGUCCAUCUCUAAUACCAAUAGGUUUUGUUUACUAGAUUUUCUUAGUUAUUAGCGGCAAUUUAUUAUAACUCGUAAACCAUGUCGGAUAACGAGUAUGAACGCUUUGAAGUCACGGACUAUGACUUGGACAAUGAGUUUAAUAUUAACAGGCCGCGUGGUCGCAACACCAAGGAGCAGAUGAUCUACGGUAUUUGGGCAGAUGAGAGCGAUGAGGAGAGCGGUGGAGAGGGCAGGAAGCGGAGGGGGCGGUCCACCCGCCAACCCAAGGACUACACCAUGCCCGUGAACUUUGUGGCCGGCGGCAUACAGCAGGCGGGUAAGAAAAACAAAAAGGGGAUUAAGGGAGAGGAUCAGAAGGACGCAAUUAAGGAGGGGGAGGAUGCAGAGGAGCAAGAAAACAGCGAUGAUUCGGGCGGAAACUCUAGACCCGCUUUCGGACGUCGGGGCGAUUCCGACAGUUCAGACAGCUCCGAGGACGAGGAGCGGCCUUCUCUUGGCAAAGCACCAGAGAAAUCCACCUUUCAACAUCGCGACCGAAACGUGGGCGCCUGGGAGCAGCACACGCGCGGCAUUGGCGCCAAGCUGCUCCUUCAGAUGGGCUAUGAGCCCGGCAAGGGUCUGGGAAAGGACCUGCAGGGCAUUUCCCAGCCCGUUCAGGCUCACGUGCGGAAAGGUAGGGGUGCCAUCGGGGCCUAUGGACCAGAAACAGCAGCCAGCAUAGGAGGAAAAAGCGCCAGAGCCAUCAAGGUGGAUGAGGAUGUGCGAGAGGCCAAGGAGUUCAAGGAACAAAUGAACAAGUGGCGCAAGGGAGGCGCUGCCACCGAUACACAGGAGCGCCAAGGCAAACGUUACUAUUACAAGUCCGUGGAAGAGGUGAUCGCCAAAGGCAACAAGUCCAGCCACUUGCUUUCGGAAAAGCUCAGCAAGAAACUGGGCAACGUUCCGGUGAUAGACAUGACGGGGCCAGAGAAGCGAGUUCUCAGUGGCUACCAUGCGCUGGGCCAGGCCAAAAUCACUCCGGAGGAGACACUCUUCGACGCCGAGCCAUCAGACAAGGGAGCCGGCCCUGCCCCAGCUUCUGUGUUCUCGAUGCCCGAGCUGACUCACAACUUGCAGCUGUUGGUGAGCCAAUCCGAGCAGGAAAUCAUUGCCAUUGACAAGCAAGAAAGGGACUGCUCCAAUCAGCAAGUAGCCUUGGAGGCCGAGCACCGCAGACUGGAGGAAAUCGUGCAGCUGGAGCAUAACCAUAUACGCACCCUCGAAGAGGUUCUGGACCGCGUGGAACGGCUAAGCGAGGACCCGGAAAUCGGUUUGCCGCAAGCGGAGCGACUGUUUCGGGAACUGCUCGAGCAGUAUGCAGCUGAGUUCCAGGAGUUCGGCCUGGCGGAUCUGGCAGCCGGAGUAAUCGCCCCACUCUUGAAGAUAGAACUAUCCGAGUGGCGGCCACUGGAGCACCCCACAGAGCCCAUACACAUGGUGAAGAAGUGGCGAGCAAUGCUGCAGACGGGCGACCCCGCGCAACAGGAGCAGCGAAAUGUGUUCGAUCCUUACUCUUCGCUGAUCUGGGCAGGGGUUAUGCCCUCGUUUCGGGCCUGCGCCGAGGCUUGGCAACCGAAGGAGCACUCGUCCAUGGCAGCUCUUCUCGAUGCUUGGGCUCCUUUGCUGCCCACUUGGGUUCUCGACUCUGUUCUGGAGACGCUCGUGCUGCCCAGAUUGGUCGCCGGGGUUCAGAGCUGGGAUCCCCUUACAGAUACUGUUCCGAUUGACAGCUGGGUACUGCCUUGGUCCUCCAUUCUGGGCAAUAAGCUGGAGGAAGCAGUAUAUCCGCAGAUCCGUAGCAAGCUCGGCGAGGCUUUGCGCGCCUGGUCGCCGCAGGAUCGUUCGGCGAGAGCCAUGCUGACGCCGUGGCAACAAGCUUUUCCCCCCGAGGAGAUGCAGGACUUCCUUCAGCGUCACAUUGUUCCCAAACUGCAGGUAGUCCUUAGCGAAUUCGUCAUCAGCCCACUACACCAGGAUCUGGAGCUGUGGAAUCAAGUGUGGGAGUGGCACGAGCUCAUCGAUCCCAUGUACAUGGCCCUGCUACUGGACAAGCAUUUCUUCCCGCGCUGGAUGCAGAUGUUGGUGAUGUGGCUGAACCAGUCGCCCGACUAUGCGGAUAUAUCUCGCUGGUACAUCAACUGGAAGAACAUGUUCAGUGAGGCUGUUCUCCGAGAGCCGAGUGUAAAGGAGCACCUGCGGCGAGCUCUAGACAUGAUGCACCGCGCAAGCGAUGCCCUACUGCAGCCCACGUCUGCUCCUCCGCCUCCAGUGCCCCCAGGACCCGUUCCUGUGGGAAUGAUACCGCCCGUGAUGAUGAUGGAUCUGAUGCACCAACCCGCCCAACUAGAGUUCAAGGAGCUAGUAUCGCAGCGCUGUGCCGAGCUAGGCAUUAUCUUUGCUCCACUGCCCGGGAGAAGAGAAAUGGGAAAACAGAUCUACCGGGUCGGCAAGCUCUUUUGCUACAUCGACAGAAACGUUUGUAUGCUGAGCGACGGAAGCUUCACCAACUGGCAACCCGUGGGUCUCAAUCAACUGUUAGAACGCUCCCAAACCGGAAUCCUUUAAAUGACAACCGGAAAUUAGUCUAAGAUAGAUAACAAUUAA